AUGUUGCCUCAAAAGACAGUUAAGAGUUUCCAGGCACAAAACAGGACUUUACAAGGUAGUAACAGUCAUCAGACCAAGCUCUCCGCCUGGAAAAUAAAACAGGAUCUAAGCAACUCAAAGAGCAUCUUGAAACAUGGACAAAACAAUUUAGUGGAAGAUUGUGGACAUGAUGACAACCAAGCUGGAGACGCUCUGCAAAUAGCAGUGGGAUACUUUGAGAAAGGUCCCAUUAAAACUUCAUGGAGUGAAAAUAAAACCUUAGAAAGACACUUGAAAACUGUGGAAAAUGUGGCUUGGAAGAAUGGGUUAGCUCCAGAAGAAAUUGACAUUCUAUUAAAUGUGGCACUCAGUGGCAAAUUUGGGAAUGCUGUAAACACACGGAUAUUGAAGUGCAUGAUUCCAGCAACUCUAGUAUCAGAAGAUUCUGUGGUUAAGGCAGUCUCUUGGCUUUGUGUUGGCAAGUGUUCUGGUAGCACUAAGGUACUUUUUUAUCGUUGGCUGAUUGCAAUGUUUGACUUCAUUGAUCAUAAGGAGCAAAUUAACUUGCUCUAUGGCUUCUUUUUUGCUUCAUUGCAAGAUGAUGCACUGUGCCCUUAUGUCUGCCAUUUGUUAUAUUUACUUACCAAAAAAGAGAAUGUCAAACCAUUUCGUGUGAGAAAACUGCUUGAUCUUCAGGCCAAAAUGGGAAUGCAGCCUCAUCUCCAGGCUUUGUUAUUGCUGUAUAAGUCCUUUGCUCCUACAUUGAUUUCUGUAUCUUUGCCUGUAAGGAAGAAGAUCUAUUUUAAGAAUUCAGAGAAUCUGUGGAAGACAGCUCUGUUUGCAGCGAGGCAAAGAAACCAGGGACUUUCUCCAGAACCUCUAAAGCUGAUGUUAGGUCCAGCUAAAGUCCGUCCUCUAAAAAGAAAAUGGAAUUCUCAGUCAAUUAUACCACUGCUAAAUUCCAGUAACUACACUAAAGAAUGUGGAAAAAAGAUGAGUCUUUCUGAUUGUCUCAAUAGCAAUGGAUCAUUUCCACCCGAACAGCUUCAAAACUUCCCUCAACUCUUACAGAACAUCCAUUGCUUAGAGCUCCCUUCUCAGAUGGGCUCAGUGCUGAGCAACUCUCUGCUACUUCACUAUAUUAAUUGUGUCAAAGAUGAGUUAGUCUUACUGAGGCUCUAUUACUGGUUGAGUCAAACAUUACAAGAAGAAUGUAUUUGGUACAAGAUGAAUAAUUAUGAACAUGGAAAAGAAUUUAGCAACUUUCUGGACAGUAUCAUCAGAGCUGAGUGCUUCUUACAAGAGGGGUUUUAUUCCUGUGAAGCAUUCCUAUAUAAGUGCCUUCCUCUCUGGGAUGGUUUCUGUUGUCAGUCACAGUUCCUUCAGCUUGUGAGCUGGAUUCCUUUUAGUAACUUCUCUGAGGUGAAGCCACUUCUUUUUGAUCAUCUAGCACAGCUCUUUUUUACAUCAACCAUUUAUUUCAAGUGUAGUGUUCUUCAGAGUCUAAAGGAACUACUGCAGAACUGGCUGUUGUGGCUUUCUAUGGACGUCCACAGGAAACCUGUGAUCAGGAGUCCCUUAGAGACAACUUUGGGUGAAUCCAUGAACUCUGUGUCUAAACUGAUUCACUAUGUAGGGUGGCUCUCCACGGCUGCAGUGCGCUUGGAGAGCAACAGUACUUUCUUGCUGCACUUUAUUUUGGAUUUCUAUGAGAAGGUAUGUGACAUACAUAUAAAUUAUGACCUCCCAUUGGUAAUAUUGUUUCCUCCUGGGAUCUUCUUUCCUGCACUCCUUAGCCUGGAUGCCAGUAUCCUGAACCAGCUUUGUUAUAUUAUGCACAGAUAUCGUCAAAAUUUGACUGCUGCGAAGAAAAAUGAGUUGCUACAAAAGGCAAAAUCAGAGUUCAAUUUCAGCAACAAGAUCUAUCAAGAAUUUAAUUACUAUUUGACAGCCAUGGUUGGUUGCCUCUGGACAUCCAGACCCUUUGAGAAAGGAAUGCAUAUUGACCCCAAAAUCCUAGAAAAAGCUGGAGUAGCAGAGUACAAAGACAGUUUAAAUUUAGUCCAUCAUCCUUCUCUGUUUAGUUAUGCUGUUUUCUUUUUGCUCCAGGAAAGCCCAGAAGAAAGGACAAUAAACAUGAGCUCCAUUCGGGGAAAGAAAUGGAACUGGUAUUUGGACUAUUUAUUUUCAGAGGGGUUACAAGGCUUGAAACUUUUCAUAAGAAGUAGUAUUCAUCGUUCUUCUGUCCCCUGA